AAAGGAGAUACCUGAAGUUAAUUUCAGCAAAGGGACAUUCUGUGUUUAUCAAUCUAAUGACCUGUGUAUAGCCAAAAACACCACUAGAGGGCAGCACAGUCAGGGCAGUAACAUCCCAAAUACUGAAUGACUCGUGCUGUGAAUUUGUGAAGUCUUUAUUUCAAAGGCACUGUGGCAACUACAAACAACUUAGUCGUAGCAUCUGCUUAACAUCAGAUCUCUCAUGUCUACCAACAGCAGCUCCGUGAUGGUGCUGGGUUAACUGGCACAACGCUGGAAGUCUCACUGCAGCCAAUAACAUGUUUUUCACAACAGGAGCUGGUACACGGUGUUUGGGGACAUACAUGUAUAGCAUUAGUCAGCAAACAGUGCCUCACGAUAUAUGAACUUAAACUAUUUAAAGUUAUACAACCAUUUAACUUUGUGUUUUUUAGGGCAACAUGAUUUCUGCCACAAACAAACACACAUUUAAAUAGAUCUGAAAAGACAAUCAAUUCAUAUCAGACUGAAGAGGUUUAGAAUUAAUACAAAAGGCAAAAAUUGAUGACAUGCAGCUCCCGCACCGCCUGCUUCAUGUACUUUGGGUUCUGUCUUUCAUGCUGAUGCGACUUUACACGUACAGCUUAUCUAAACAACUAUCUAACCCUUGAUGGCAGUGAUGUUCCCUGUUGCAAGCAGCCUCUUUCAGGAGGAUAACACACCCUGCUGUACUGAAAACAUUAUUCGGGAGGGUUUGAGGAACAUGAAGACGAGCUCUCCAUAUUAUCUAGAUUCCAUCGAUCUCAGCAUCUGUUGGAUGUGUUUGAUUGACAGAUCCAAACUCUAUAGAAGCUCUACCUUGUUCACAGGUUCAGUUUAAUUCAGUUAAAUCUUAUGUAUAUAGAACCAAAUCACUGCCACAGUUGCCUCAAGGCGUUUCAUACUGUAAAGAGCCUACAAUAUUAAUAACUAGCACCUGUAAUAGUACUAAUUGGUGCUAAUCUCCUGAAGCCAGAGCACCUUCACAGGUCCUGUAAAGUAUGCGCUGUAUCAGUGCUGGUGUACUGUGUACAUCAAGUUAGGAAAAUGGUUUUAAUGUGUGAUGAUGGAGUUCUUCCAUGAGGACGCCGGGCUUGUCUCUGUGUAUGCAGGGGCAUUAAUCUGAGCUUAGAGAGUCUUAGGAAUGUGAGGAAUGGUAAUCACCUUUACUCUAAUUACUUUUCUACCCUCACCAUACUGUCAGCUACGCUUGAGGUACCUCACAGCACAUAACUCGCCCCUGUCCACUGCUGCGGCUCACACCGCCAGUAUGAUCCCUAACGCUGUCUUCCUCACACUAUCUGUUUGUUUGGGCCUGUUUUGCCCGACUGCCUCCUCUCAUGGGAGAUCUGCUAAGAAGGCAGGCUGCUUCAGAGUCAACAGCUGCAAAUGCAUCAUGCAGAAUGGCAGCGGAGUUAUAAGCCUGAAGGCUAUGGAAGAUGCAGACGGCUUCCUGGGUCGUUUGAAGCCCGUGGCAGCAGGCAGUGUGGUCCCGGUGGACACAGAGGUCCUCCUGUCCUUCAGCCCCUGCCAGCAUUUCUCCCUGCCGGAUGACUUCACAGGAAGUGACUGCACCGAUGUCGCAGCAUGCCUCAUUGUCAGGGAUCACAGGCUCGGCAGACACAUCAGCCAGUAUAUCAACUAUGGAAACCAUGAAGGGAACGAGUUCUACUACAACGACACACUAAAGCUGCUGUCUGUCUCCUACUUUGCUCACAACAAGCUCCCAAUGACAGUCGUGCAUUACCACUGUAAUCCAAAUCAGUCCACGUCUGUCAACCAAGAGCAGAGCCUGAGCAGCAGGGAGCCCCUGCAGAUGUGGGUGGAGAGCCUCUGUGCUUGUCCAAAUGCCUGUGCCGUGGGAGACCUGGGUGUAGGCACCAUCUUCCUCAUCAUCCUCUCCUUCAGUGCAGCUGCAUACUUCCUCCUUGGCUCCUGUGCACUGAGACCCUUUCGCAGCAGCAGUGGUGCCCAGAUCUCUCCAGAGCACAGCGUGUGGUGCAUGAUCUGCUACCUGUUUGCCGACAGGAGGCCAGCAAGAAGACGCGACACAGAUGCGACAGAUUGCACGCAGGACGCCGAACGCUGCAGCUCGCCUCGGCCUGGCUCUAUUCUACAGUGUGCUUAA